AUGGCUAGUGAAGCUUCGACUUCGAUUAAUAUUAAUAUUUACGGGGAUAUACAGAACAAUGGGAUCAUAGCAUCAGAAGCUACUAAAAAUAGGAUUGUGACGAAUACAACACAUCCAGAAAAGAAAAGACCGGCCGAGGAAGCCUCUCACGUAACCACCACUCCUCCCAAUCUUCGGCAUCGCACUCCACCGCCCGAUGAUGACGAUAAUUCGGAUGGGAGCGUACUUGGAAUUAGAUCCCAAUCAUAUGUGGUUGCUGAAAGUGGUCGUAAAGUAGAAGAAGUUAUUUAUCAAUUCGCCAGAAAUCUUCCCGAAGAGUCAUAUUUACACUCAUUUAUGAUCAAUGACAUCGAUAUGGUCACCAAAUCACUAUUUUUGGAUGAGGAGUGGAAGGAAAUCACCACCUCAGUGGCUAAGGAUAAACCAAAACUUGAGAAUUCUCUUGUAAACUUACUGAAAAAAUACACAGUUGAUAAUGUUGAGAGACUACGUGAUGUUCUUUUUGAACCAUUUAUACCAGAUGGAUGCAAAUAUGAUCGAAAACAUCAUCUUGAUCUUGAUUUUAUUAAUGGUGCUUAUCGAGGAAUUUUACGUUUGUGGGAAAUGGAAGAAAACCCUAUUAUUGACUCUUUAUUAGAAGGAAUAAAUAUGUGGAGUCGAGUAAUAGACCCAGCUUUUGAUAAUCUCAAUAUUGAAUUAGUGCGUGGUGAGGGUAUGAGUCAUGCAUCAAGUGAUAGAAAAAACCUUACCAGAGCAACAAAUGAUCGAAAGAAGCUCGGUCGAAAAGGUGAUGGAGUAUUCAGAUUACGCAAGAAUCGUUUAGAAUUUGGUGCUAUAGAAGCGGGUCGAAAAUGGGAAGAGAAGAGUGGAACCAAAUAUAUGACAGAUUCAUUAAAAAUAUGUAAAAUGUUAAAAGAUAUGUUAAACCAACUUGCCAUUGAAUGUGAUAUGAAAGAAGAUCUCGUGAGGAAAUUACAAGUAGUCGGAAUACUUAAUGGAGCAAACAGAAUUCAGGUCAUGACAGUUGACCUCCCUAAGGGAUAUAUUACUCGUAUUCAACGCAGAAAGGUCUAUGAAAUUGCUGGUCGUCUAUCAAAAUCUAAACCGCUUGCUUAUGCUCUAAAAGAAAUACUAUGUGCGAAAUCUAUCAUCAUGCAGACAGUCGAUAUAAUAAACAAGAAGGAUGAUGUUGAUCUCGAAAAUUUUCUCGAUGAUUCUGAUGAUCAAGAUGGAUAUCACACACCCUUAUAUAUGACUCCACAGAAAAAGGGUACUAAAGAUGUAAUUAAUGAAAAAGAAAAGAAGUAA